CCGGAAGCAGAACGUCAACACCUAGAGGACAUGUGUAUGCUACCAGACAGCGUAAUGGUGUGGACGUGAAGAGCCAAGGGGAUAAGGUGUCUGCCCUAAGCCCAGGAGCAGAGCCUACUAGCCAAUAGCCUCUUCUCUUCACACGGAUAAAGGCAUCAACAAACGAAGGAUGUGCCCCAACGCUGACACUAUAUCCCCAAAGUCUCUAUGAUCGAUCUUCAAAUCGGUGUGCAACUUGGUUAUAGGUCUUACCUACCUGCGCUCAUUUACACACUUCUCAACCAAACAGCCCUAACCAAGUCAGCUCUGAACCCCAAGAUGGCUACUAGACAAAGUGCCCUAACUGCUGCCGUGGUUACCCUGUUGGGGGCCACCUUGGGUGGCCUGUUGCUAUGGCGACUGAGAGUCCCAAGGACAAAGAAGCAACAGCUUCCUGCUCAGGGUCAGGUAGGGGUCAGCUCUUGUCCCUUACCUGUGGAACCAGAGCCUGUGGUUCUGGAGUGUAAGAAGCCAGUGGAGUCCCAGACCCAGUCUAAGCCCAAGCCCACCCAGACCCAGCUACCCCCGGGUCAGAGUCUGGUCCUCCCCGCGCCUGCUCUGCUACCCCCUGUUGACCAGGUCCUGGCGGUGCAACCGGUGAUGGUAAGCUCUGAGAACGAGUGGGAACAGCUGUGGCCCAUGCUGCAGAAGGAUCUGUCAGUCUACCCCGUCCUCGGGCUGGACUGUGAAUGGGUGAAGAGUCAAACCAAGGGCCUGGGUGUGUCAGUGAAGGGUCAGACUUCAGCCAUCUCUUUGCUCCAGAUGGCAUCCUACUCUGGCCUGUGUGUGUUGGUGAGGCUGCAGCCGUUCCGUGGUGGCCAGCAGGACCUGCCACUCAGCCUGAAAGAGGUCCUCAGCGACCCUCACAUUCUGAAGGUGGGUGUGGGCUGCUACGAGGACGGGAAGCGUCUGACCCGAGACUAUGGCCUGGCGCUGGGGUGUACCGUGGACCUGAGACACCUCGCACUACGACAAAGGAAGGUAGUGUUGAAUAACGGUCUGAGUCUGACGUCUCUGGCGGACGACUUGCUCAACGUCUCGCUGGAGAAAUCCUCGGAGCUGCGCUGUAGUGACUGGGAGGCUGACCAGCUGACCCUAGAACAGAUGACCUACGCAGCCCGGGACGCACAGGUAUCCAUCGCCCUCUUCUUCCACCUGCUCGGCCUCCACUCGGACGCCACGCCCUCACCUGACACUGGGAGUUGCUACUCCCAGCUGGCCAACUGCUGCCAGGGCCUGGUGGACACACCCUUCAGGGGGCGGGGCGGAGUAGAGGGGGAGGAUGGACGGAAGAGCAUGGAUGGAGAGAGGAGGAGGAGGAAUAGGAAGCUCCAGCAGCCUAGUUUUGAAAGCCCGGAGUCUGGGGACCAGCAAGUUCCAGAUCCCAGGAGGAACAACAAGAGAAAACCGCUGGGUGUGGGCUACUCUGCCAGGAAGUCCCCCCUCUAUGACAACUGUUUCCUCCAUGCCCCGGAUGGACAGCCCCUCUGUACCUGUGACAAGAAGAAGGCCAAGUGGUACCUGGAUAAAGGAAUCGGAGUGCUGCAGAGUGAGGAUCCCUUCAUCGUGCGUCUGCUGUUUGAGCCGUCGGGACGUCCAGACUCCCAGCAGGACUACUAUCUGACUGCCAAAGAGAACCUGUGUGUGGUGUGUGGCAAGAACGACUCCUAUAUUAGGAAGAACAUCGUUCCUCACGAGUACAGACGUCACUUCCCCACGGAGAUGAAGGACCACAACUCCCAUGACAUCUUGCUGCUGUGCACUUCCUGUCACGGGGCCUCCAACGUCCACGACGGCUUCCUGAAGCAGCAGCUGGCUGAUGAACAUGCUGCCCCCCAGGGGUGUGAGGAAGGGGUGCGUCUCCUGGAGGACUCUGACCGGAGGAGAGUUCGUUCUGCAGCCCGAGCCCUCCUCACUGCUGGCGAGGGGCUCCCUGGGUCCCGGAGAGACGAGCUGAAGGAAGUCAUCAGGAGCUUCUUCAACGACCCCGACGUGGAGCUGACCACCGACACACUGCAGAGUGCUGCAGGCCUGGAGACACGGAUCUUCAACGAGAGCUACGUUCCCCAUGGGCUGAAGGUUGUGCAGGCGCAUGCCGAGCAGGGGCUGAAGGGGUUGAUGGGCCUGGAGCGCCGCUGGAGGCAGCACUUCCUGUCCACCAUGACACCGCGCUACCUCCCUCCUCUCUGGUCCGUCAGCCACAACCACAGCAAGUUCCUACGCAAAUACGGCGAGGACCUGCUCAUCCAGCUCAACUGAACUACAGUCUUUCUUAGCCUGAAAGGCCAGUCUGUUUGGCAUGACGUGACAGGAAAUGGAUUGGUACCCAGGCUCUCCCUCUCUCUCUCCGUUUAUCCAUCCGCUUCUCUGGAUCACCAUUUAGUUUUUUUUUUAAACAGCAGCAGCGUUAUCCACACUGGAUCCCAGAGAGCUGACAGACUGACUACAGCGUCUGGCGCUCCUUUUGUGAUGAGGCGGUCUGUCACCCUGACCCUGUGGUGCCUCGUUCCUCCUACAAGGUACCAGACAGACAGACUCCGAUUGACUCAUGGGCUUUGCUUGAACUCAAAUAGCCCCCUACAGGCCCUCAAUGAACCAGACCCAGAGACAAGCAGAGACAUUUGCUGUGUGUGGGAAUGGCGCCCUAUUCCUUAUAUAGUGCACUACUUUUGCCCAGGUCCCCUAGUGGUGCGUUAUCUAGAGACAUUUCAGAUGGGGCCUAACUGGAGCCUGGGGAGAUGGACCUUUUUGUUCUGACAGAACUGGAGCCUGGGGAGAUGGACCUUUUUGUUCUGACAGAACUGGAGCCUAGGGAGAUGGACCUUUUUUUUGUUCUGACAGAGGUAACGGAAUCCAGGAUCAAGAACUCCUGAUCCAGUGCUGCAGGAUCCAUGAUCAAAUGAUAUUGCAAAUGGACACUUUUUAACCAACACUGUGGUUUGGUUUCCCAGGCAGAUUGACUGGUCCUGGUCUAAAGAGCCGUUUCAAUGGGAAUUCUCCAGACUGAAUUCUCCAGAACUAGACUUAACCUGGGGCCAGGAAACCAGCCCUAUGUAUAUCAAUAUAAAAAUGUGAAAUGUGGUUUUCACCAAGUUCAGAAAAUCAUGUAUUUUAGGCUACGCUGAAACCUGCUCUUAACUCUCAUUAAAUAUAAAUUAUAAUUUCCCCUGCAGGUUUUCAGCCCUAAUGAUGAUAAUAAUUCCUAUGCGUUUGUGUGCGUGCAUAAAUCAAUGGUUUGCUUUGCAAAGGUAACUUCCAUUUUUCGAUAACACAAUGAGGUCCCCGUUGUUUAUCGUCUUCGAUAGAUCAGACAUUGUGAUCGGACGACCAGACAUCGGAUGUGUCACAAAUGGCCCCCUUUUCCCUGUACGGUGCACUCCUUUUGAACAGGGCCUAUGGGGGUUAGUGAGUAAGGGCGCCGUUCUCAGGUUCAGUAGGACGACGUCGAGCGUAGGAUGGUGGUCUUUGGUGAUGUGACAUCACUUCCUCCUGUACUGUAUUUGAUGCAUCCCAAAUGGCACCCUGUUCACUGCGUUGGUCACGGAUGUGUUCUCUCUCUCUAAUCAGGACACCUCACGUCACAUGUUUUAGUGUGACUCUUCCCCUCACUAGAAGAGAAACUAACUUAACCCCCAAAACAUCAGGGCGCGUCCUCCUCAUUCCUCUGCAACAGUUCCAUUCCAACCUCCUUUCCCCCUCCGAGUCAUUUCAGAUUGAGAGAUGUACCAGCUUCUAUGUACAGGUAGCCUGAGAGUGACUAGCUUCAUUGGUUAGUAAAGAAUGAUGGCCUUCGUGUGCAGAGCGGUUAACCUGUUUGCAAAGCAGACAUUUUCAUGUUCUUGAGCAUGACAACAAUUGCAUUUUUGUUUAAAUUGAAGAAACCAGCAGCUUUUUCUUUUUUAUUUACAUUUGUCCAGAUGUAACCCCCAUAGAAGCUGUUCCGUUUGUCCAGAUGUAACCCCCAUAGAAGCUGUUCAGUUUGUCCAGAUGUAACCCCCAUAGAAGCUGUUCCGUUUGUCCAGAUGUAACCCCCAUAGAAGCUGUUCAGUUUGUCCAGAUGUAACCCCCAUAGAAGCUGUUCCGUUUGUCCAGAUGUAACCCCCAUAGAAGCUGUUCCGUUUGUCCAGAUGUAACCCCCAUAGAAGCUGUUCAGUUUGUCCAGAUGUAACCCCCAUAGAAGCUGUUCAGUUUGUCCAGAUGUAACCCCCAUAGAAGCUGUUCAGUUUCCCUAAUAUUGUAAAAUAAAAGCUCAGAUUUGUGUA